ACUUAUGAAGAAGGGCCUCCUCACGAAACAAGACAUCCAGGAACCGAACCGAUACUAUGAAUUGUCCUUCAAGAGUUGACGAGGUACUUGACCAUGAUGGCUGGAACCAGAACCCCUCGAGCCUGUCUGGAGACACAACAACUCGCGCAGACCUGAACGGCAUUGUCAAUGCGAGGGACCGUCGCGACAACCAAAAUAUCGAGCCAGACGAUCGCGGGGAGUUCGCCGCCGAUAGCAAACAUGAUGCCGAAAAAUUCGGUCGACUAAGGUGGGGUACGCCAGGCAGUGCUGGAGGCAAGGAGGCCUCGGCUGACGCUGGUAAGAAAAGACCUGACGAUGGAUCCGACAAUCAGGCACCAGUCGUUUCCAAUGUUCCCCGCGACCAUCCGAAUCACCGUGCAGGCGUGGCUCAGAGGGUGUGGCAAGCCGUCCUGAAAUUCGGUGGUUUUAUUGGACCCGGUCCGUUCUCAAAAACGCUGAUGUGGUGACCCGGGCUAUCAAGCUGACUACUGCCCUCAACGCUCAGGUUUCAUGAUAGCAGUGGCAUAUAUUGAUCCUGGCAACUACUCGACUGAUGUCGCGGCUGGCUCUACCUACAGGUUCAAGCUUCUGUUUAUUAUUCUAAUGUCCAAUCUUUUUGCUAUCUUCCUACAGUCGCUGUGCAUCAAACUUGGCACUGUUACCGGUUUGAAUCUUGCCGAGCACUGCAGGGCGCACUUGCCUAGAUGGCUCAACUACUUGCUCUACUUCUUGGCCGAGAGCGCUAUUAUUGCUACAGAUAUCGCCGAGGUAACGGUCUCCACCUUUUACGUUCUACUCUAGAGUAUUGUGACUUACAGCUCCUUUAGGUGAUUGGCUCAGCCAUAGCGCUAAACAUUCUGAUCAAAGUUCCACUGGUUGCAGGAUGCGCCCUCACACUGGUCGAUGUUCUUGUAAUUCUCAUUUUUUAUAACCCUUCUGGCUCUAUGCGGCGUCUCCGGUGUUUUGAGUUCUUCGUGAUGGCGCUGGUCCUGGGCGUGGUCAUUUGCUUUUGUAUUCAACUCUCUUAUAUUGAAGGCGUUUCGGUUGGGGAGGUGUUCAAAGGUUACAUCCCUUCGUCUUCUAUUGUAGAAGCUCAAGGGUAUGUUCUCUACUCCUGUCGCCAAUUCGCCGAUAGUAGGCUCUAUACUCAUGCAAUUCUCCUAGUCUCUACCUUAGCUGUGGUAUUCUCGGCGCGACGGUCAUGCCUCAUAGUCUCUAUCUCGGAAGCGGAGUCGUCCAAGCACGUCUUCGAGAAUUUGAUACUAAGUUAGGACACCUCCCUGCCCUGUCCUCUAACUCUUCAUCUUUCUCCCUAGACAGCGUCAAAUACCGCCCUUCCCUACCCGCCAUACGCAACUGUCUAGGCUACUCCAUCGUCGAGCUAGCGAUCGCCCUCUUUACAUUCGCCCUCUUCGUUAAUAGCUCCAUCCUCAUUACCGCCGGCGCCUCCCUCUCAAACAACACUUCGGCGCAAGACGCAGACCUCUUCGGCAUCCACGAUUUAUUAUCUUCAACCAUUGCCCCGGUUGCCGGUACUAUUUUCGCUCUGGCUCUCUUGCUCAGCGGCACGUCGGCAGGGAUUGUGGCAACCAUCGCAGGUCAAAUGGUCAGCGAAGGUGCUCUCAAUUGGAAACUCGCACCCUGGUUGCGUCGCUUGCUCACUCGAUCGAUAUCCAUCACCCCUAGCAUCAUUAUUGCUGCUGCGGUGGGACGGAAUGGUUUGACUGCCGCGCUUAAUGGCACGCAGAUUGCAUUGAGCGUCAUCUUGCCGUUUGUGUCAGCGCCGUUGAUUUACUUCACUUGCCGCAACAAAUAUAUGACUGUCAGCACGGAUGAUGGUGGUAGUGUGAAGAUGAGAAAUCAUUGGAUUACUGCUGUUUUUGCGGUGCUGAUAUGGUUGGUCAUUGCUGUGAUGAAUGUUGCGCUAUUGGUGCUUGUUGGGUUGGGCAAGGCG